AAUGUCAUUUCAUUUUUAAACGUCAAUAUAAAAAAAUUCCAAAGUAAACUGAGAUGAACCCCAUAAAGUGCUGACAAGUGGAAAUCAGUGAAGUAUGUUUGGAAACAUUCGGCGGAAACUUAAUGAUGUCAUUUCGGAGGGCCUUAACAUAUCGGAGAACAUCUCAACCAACUACUUGAAGCCGUCCACAUCGCCGAUUUUCGAAAGUAGCAAAGCAGAUUUCGGUAUUCCGUCCGACGUUAAUUUGUCCGCUGGCUGUGAACUACUUGCCAAAAAUGAAGAGACCUGGUAUCUGCUCCACAAAAAUAACGAGAAAAACGCCUACGCAACUGAGGUCCUCGACAAAUCCAUAGCAAGUAUAAAGGGGCGGACUGAGAAGCUGCAGGUCGACCUGAACGAUAUGAGCUCGUGUUUAGCAACAAUUCCUGCGAUCCUGGAAGACUUAAAAGUUUGCAAUGAAAUGAUAAUGAACGUGGGACUUCUCUGUCGAAGCCUUGAGACCAAGAUAGUGGAGUUUGAGGAUGUCACGGAGGAGAUAGAACUGCAACAGAGACAACUCGACCAUAAAUUCCAGAUGUCAUUGUACAAGCAGAAGAAAAUGGCGCAACUGGAGGAAGUUCGAACCCGUCUCGCACGACAGUACGCGGACAACGUCAGUCAAUACGAAGCCGAAUUGAAGAAAAUCCAGAGAGAGCGGCAGGCCGUAUUCCAAGAUGCCUUUCAACAUGACCUAGAGCUAUACAAACAGCAGGGAAUGAUACCAAAUUUGGCAGUGUUGUCGGGGCCUCACUUUGUUCUUAGGAACCCCUGCUAAUUGGAUAGCAAAUAUUUCACAUUAUAUAAGUCGAUCAUGCGAAAAAAAAUCCUCUUGAGCCGGAACUAUCGCUCGAGGAGAUCACAUUAGACGACACUGAUAGCAAAAAUCAAUUAGAGGAUUUUUUGAAAGAUUAAUUCUGUUUUAAUCUUUUGAUUGUUACGAAUGAAUCACUUUAAUCGGUGCCUUUUUAAGUAGUCACGUUAAACGUUGUUGACAUUAUUGUAUAUGAAAAAGUAAAUUAAUGUUUUGUAAAAACAUUUGUUAUAAGGAUAUAUAUUUUUAUAUGUAUGUAAGGAAAGUAGGGCGGAAUAAAAUAUAUAAUACGUUAAAUUUUUA